CGAAGCAUUUUCUGCGCUUGAUAUGCCGUUAGCCUGAUAUGGGCUUUAGGCUUUGAGGCUUAAAAUCAUUGUAACCGCCGCUUUAAGAUGCAUUGCGAUAUUCACCUAGAUUUUCAAUAUUCGCAGUGAGAGUUCAGCCUUAAUAACUAUUAAGAUGAAGGCGGAAAAGUAACGAUCUCUAAUUUAGAACAAGAUUCAUUUAUUUUAAUCACACUCAACGAUCCGGUAAAGUGAUAUAUACUGAAAAUUAAAGUGAACAAUGUAUGCAUUAGUGCGAUAUGAUGAAGAUGGCAUUUAUUACGUAUCCAACUCAAAAAACAUUACUAAGUAUAAAGGUAUUACGAAAGCUAAAUACUGUGAUGGGCACAAAUAUGUAGCAAGUAUUAUAGCAAAAAAUAAUGAUAAAAAUAUGUUGUUAGAAUUAAAAGAAAAUAUAUUACAAAAUGUACCACAUAUAUUGUGUGAAAAAGUUAAAUUUGGCAAUGGAAAUAGAAAAGAAAAGACUAAUAAAAUAAAUAAAAGCUGUGAUAAUAAGACUGAAGAUAGAAUAAGCGAAAAUUCUGAUAAUAAGACUGAAGAUAGAAUAAGCGAAAAUUCUGGUAACAAAACAAAAGAUAAUAUAAUAUUUAGUGGUAAGAAACCAAAGGUAGGAAACCAGGAUAAAACAGAAGCAAGAAAGGAAAACUGUGGCAAUCAGAUUGCUAAUUUCCCAACAUAUUUGGAUAACACGAUACUCAUUUUCGAUGAAAAUGGGAAGAACAUUAAUACUUUUCCAUGUAGAGAUUGUGAUAGUAAAACAGAUUAUUUUUUACAUAACGAUAUUGACAAACCGAUUAUAUCCAUCGACGAAAAUGGAAAUCAGGACAAAACAAAAGCAAGAAAGACAAACUGCGACAAUCAAAUUACUGAUCUUUUAACAUCUUUUGAUGUUGAGAAUGAAGAAAGUGGAUCAGAGUAUUUACCGUCAGAAGAUGAUCAAAAUUCAAAUAAUAAUGACGAUGAUGAAACGCAACAAAUACAAAAAUCAAUAGCAAGCAUGGCUUCAAUAUCCAGUUUAGAUGCCACAAAAAUGAAUAAUGGCACAUCAAUAUGUGAUGACGAAAAGAUGCAUGUAGAAACUUCAAAUGCAAAAAAUAUUAAGCAAAAUUAUUGCAUAUUCUGCUCAAAGUUACAGACACAAUUAGUGCGACAUUUAGAAAAAGUACAUCGCAAUGAGUCAGAUGUAAAAAAAUUUGCUGCUUUACCUAAAAGAAAUCCUGAACGAAGAAAAAUUAUUGAUACGCUACGAAAAAUGGCAAUUUCAAAUUUAAUACAAACUCCGAAUUAA